AUGUCCACUGUCGCCACCGCCGACCCCAACCGCCUGCCAACGAACGUGAAACCCACACAUUAUGAUGUGACUAUUCGCACAGAUCUGGAGAACCUCACCUUUGAGGGAUUCGCGAAAAUCAGGCAAGCAUUUUUGGAUGUCAAGGAAGAGACGAGCACGAUUGUGCUGAACUGUGCUGAACUGUCGUUCAACCAAGUGACCCUGACCACCGACACCAAGAAGGAAAAGCUAAUUCCCACCACUCAGGCCGUGGAUGGCGAUCGUAUCUCAUUCACACUUCCGACUUCUCUUCCUGCUGGCUCCAAGGCUGAGCUUUGCAUUGGGCCGUACACGGGUCCUUUGGGAAACAGUAUGACAGGCUAUUACCGCUCAGAGUACAAAGAGGGUGGAAAGACAAAGUACUAUUCCCUGACCCAGUUUGAGCCCAUCGAUGCUCGGCGCGCUUUUCCAUGCUGGGAUGAACCUCUCCUCAAAGCGACUUUUGCUAUCACCAUGAUCUCUCGUGCCGACACGGUCUCUCUUUCAAACAUGCCUUCCAACUCUGAAAAGGUCUAUGUUCGUGGAGAUGCGGAGUUUGCGGCAUUGGAAGAAAAGUUUCCUUCUCUCCAAACUUUGGAUGGGGAAUGGAAGGUCACUACAUUUGAUACGACUCCUCCCAUGUCCUCGUACAUCGUGGCCUUCGCAAACGGCCCGUUCUCUUACCUUGAAAGUUCCGCCAAGAUGCCAAGCGGAAAGACCGUCGCGCUUCGCAUAUAUGCCACUUCCGACUUCAUUCAUCAAGCACAAUUCGCUCUCGAUGUCAAGGAGAAGGUGCUGCCGUUGUAUGAAGAGGUCUUUGGCGUGGAGUAUCCACUUCCCAAACUUGAUACGUUGGUUGCUAGCGAUUUUGAUAUGGGUGCCAUGGAGAACUGGGGAUUAAUAACCGGCAGGACCACGGCAUUCCUUCUGGAUCCUAACACCACGGAUACGAACGCAAAGAAACAGGUCUUUACCACUCAAAGCCACGAGGUGGCGCAUAUGUGGUUCGGGAAUAUCACGACUAUGGAAUGGUGGAAUUAUUUGUAUCUGAAUGAAGGCUUUGCUACUCUGGUAACUAUUUGUACACUGAUCUACAUAUUAUUUCCCGAGUUCAAACCCAAAUCGGAUUUCAUCGGCGAUCACCUCAACCAGGCUCUUGCUCUUGACGCGAAAAGAUCUUCCCAUCCCAUCGAGGUUGAUUGUCCUACAGCUGACCAUAUCAACCAGAUCUUUGACUCCCUCUCCUAUGCCAAGGCUGCUUCAGUGUUGCGCAUGCUUUCGGACUAUGUUGGCGAGGAACGCUUUUUGAAGGGAGUCUCCAUCUACCUCCAGAACAAGAAGUACGGCAAUGGUACGUCCAAAGAUCUAUGGGAAGGCAUCAGCACAGCGACAGGACUGGACAUCGUCAGUCUCAUGGAGAAUUGGGUCACCAAGAUUGGUUUCCCGGUUCUUACUGUCACUGAGACGCCAACCGGUAUACAAGUUCGUCAAGACAGGUUUCUAGAGACAGGGAUUGCUGAAUCAGCAGAAAAUGAAACACUCUGGAACGUCCCGCUCAAUAUCUUGUCCGUUGACUCAGCCAGGCAGGUCAAAGUUGACAGAUCGGCUCUGCUACGAGAACGAACCCAGACGUUCGUGUUAGACACCAGUAAACCCUUCAAGCUGAAUGCAGGAACUGCUGGAGUCUACAGAGUGCUGUACACACCUGAACGGCUUUCAAAAAUUGCCGAUGAAGCCGCCCAAGUCGACUCUCCUUUCUCCGUCGAUGAUCGCAUGGGUCUGGUGUAUGAUGCCAUGGCACUUUCAAAGGCCGGUCUUUCCAAGCUAAGCAGCGCCCUUAUGCUCAUAGACAAACUCCGGAACGAGAAAGAAUUCUUGAUUUUGGACGUCAUUGCAUCGAAUCUGACUGGACUGGUAUCCACCUGGUGGGAACAUCCCGAGAUUGUUUCCAACUUGAAUGCAUUCCGCCGUUCAUUGUUCGUUCCGCUGGUGAAGGAAUUGGGCUAUGAUUAUUCUGAUGGGGAAUCCACGGACAUUAUACGCCUGCGAACGACGGUGAUCACAGGGGCUGCGGUAGCUGAAGAUGAAAGCGUGAUAAAUGAGCUCAGAGCGCGCUUCGAUCAUUUCAGGAAAACUGGAGACGACUCUAGAAUUCCACCCGGGUUACAACGGGUGACCUACCAGAUGGCUGUCAAGUAUGGUGGUCGGGAAGAGUACGAUGCUGUGAAGGAGAUACAACUGUCGCCACGGACACCGACAUCGAAAACCGCGGCCAUAAUUGCCCUGGGACAUGCGCAGGAUCCCGCUUUGAUUAAAGAGACGUUUGAGUACCUGUUGUCUUCAGCGCGCGACCAGGACUUUACAUACUGGCUGCGUGGGCUAUCGACAAACCCCAAGAGCAGACGCCAGGUAGCACAGUUUUUCAAGGAUGAGUAUCAAGUGAUCUACAAACGUUUCGAGCUGAACGCCACUCUGAAAUAUCUCGUGGAGGUAUCAUUCGGACUACUUUCUACUGCCAAGGACUACGAGGAGACGGAAGCAUUUUUCAAGGACAAGGACAUUUCCAAGUACAACCUAUCACUAGCACAGACGCUAGACACGAUUAGAGCGCGAGUAGGGUACAUUGAAGGAGCGACUGAGGAUCUCGCGUUGUGGCUGAGUGGAUGGCGGGGACGGACAGAUUUGGGCAAAGAGUUACAUAAGGCGAUCUUGUAG